AUGGCUUUGAGGUUACGCUGUGAUACAUGUGUUGAAACUGCUUCAUACCUCAUUUUCUCUUGUUAAUUAGUGUUUUUAUUGUUGCUCUGAGAGGGAAGUGGCAGGUUUGCAUCUUUGUUUUCCAGCUUUCGCGGUGUAGCAGAGAGGAAAGGCAGUGAGCGAGCCUGCGUCGGUCGUGGACUGGGAGAGACGUGUAAUGUUCAAGCCCAGAAAUGCCUUAUGUGGAUCGUCAGAAUCGCAUUUGUGGUUUUCUGGACAUUGAAGAAAAUGAAAAUAGUGGGAAAUUUCUUCGAAGGUACUUCAUACUGGAUACCAGAGAAGAUAGUUUUGUAUGGUACAUGGAUAACCCACAGAACCUCCCUUCUGGAUCAUCUCGUGUUGGAGCCAUUAAACUUACCUACAUUUCAAAGGUUAGCGAUGCAACUAAGCUAAGGCCAAAGGCUGAGUUCUGUUUUGUUAUGAAUGCAGGGAUGAGGAAGUAUUUCCUACAAGCUAAUGAUCAGCAAGACCUAGUAGAAUGGGUAAAUGUGUUGAACAAAGCUAUAAAAAUCACAGUACCAAAGCAGCCAGACUCACAGCCUCAUUCUGAAAACCUGAGUCGCCAAGGCGAGUGUGGGAAGAAGCAGGUGUCUUACAGGACUGACAUUGUUGGUGGUGUGCCCAUCAUUACUCCAACUCAGAAAGAAGAAGUAAAUGACUGUGCUGAAAGUAUAGACAGGAACAAUUUGAAGCGGUCACAGAGCCAUCUUCCUUACUUUGCUCCCAAACCGCCUUCAGACGGUGCGAUUAUCAAAGCGGGAUACUGUGUGAAACAAGGAGCAGUGAUGAAAAACUGGAAGAGAAGAUAUUUUCAGUUGGAUGAAAACACAAUAGGCUACUUCAAAUCCGAACUGGAAAAGGAACCUCUCCGCGUAAUACCGCUUAAAGAGGUUCAUAAAGUUCAGGAAUGUAAGCAAAGUGACAUAAUGAUGAGGGACAACCUCUUUGAAAUUGUAACAUCAUCUCGAACUUUCUAUGUGCAGGCUGAUAGUCCUGAAGAGAUGCACAGUUGGAUCAAAGCCGUCUCUGGUGCCAUUGUCGCGCAGCGGGGACCCGGCCGAUCAGCAUCUUCUGAGCAUUCCGCCUGUCCCGAGCCCAAGCCCGCCCCCCGCCCUGCCGGGGCCGCCGCCGCCGCCUCGCACCCCGCAGCCUCUCGCAGCAGCUCUCUGGUCUCAAGCUUUACCGUGGAGAAGCGAGGAUUUUACGAAUCUCUUGCCAAGGUCAAGCCAGGGAACUUCAAGGUCCAGACUGUCUCUCCAAGAGAACCAGCUUCCAAAGUGACUGAACAAGCUCUGCUAAAACCUCAAAGUGAAAAUGGCCCUCAGGAAAAAGAUUGUGACCCAGUGGACUUGGACGACGCAAGCCUUCCAGUCAGCGACGUGUGAGGCGGAAGCACGUGGAGCCGACCCGCCGCCUCAGCCCCGCAGUGUCCUUUCAUGAGGCUUCCUGCCAAAGAUGAUGGGGAGAGUGGCUUUUAAUGCAUACGUUAUACUGCCUCGUAGAUGUGCUCUUCAUAAGCUGGUAAACCAAGGAUCUCUGGAGUGGCCAAACGGAAAGUAAUCUCUUUGUGAAAGAAAGAAAAGAAAGGAAGGAAAGAAAUCCAAGUGUCUUAGUGUCAGUUGUCUCAAGUGUUGUGUGUUCUCAUUUGGGCGAUAAAAAUGUGUGUGUGAUGUUUUUUCCUAAUCAAUUUGACAAUUUAAAUGUUUAUCAAUUUAAAACAUUAAAAAUGCUUAUUGCCAUUUUUAAAAUGCUACUAUGACUUCCUAUUAGAUGGUUGACAUUUACACAUUCUUACUGGUUAAUAUUAUUGAAUGAAUUAUUACCAGACUGAAGUACCUAAACUCAUGGUGUCUGUGGUGCUGUAGAAUUUAUACCACGAUGUGGACUCUUUUGACACAAUAACCAUUUUUGAUGCCCUAGAUCUCAAGGAGAAGGGUACGUUUUGCAUAGAGGAUCUUACUGGACUGUUAGUGAGGGUUGUGUGUUUUACUGAGGUAGAGAAAAAGGGGAAAUUAAGUUUUAAACAACUGUAUCUUGGACAUUUGUUUGAAAAAGGUUAAAUAAGACUUGCAGUUAUUAACGCUUUAUUCAGUGAAAAUUACUUGGUGUGAAAUUUCUGGAGGAUCUGAUUUUCUUAUGAAAGUUUUGUACAUAGUUCUUAUUUCUAUAUUUGGAUCACUGCGAGACCUCAAGUUGUAUGUAAAGGCAUACUUCCCGUAGUCAUGCGAUUGUGGCCUCUACUUUUUGUCACUAACAACCUGUAUUCAAGUGCCUGUGUUUUUCAUUUUGUUAAUGUGCUCAGAUGUCCUCCAUGAUUGGUUUGAAACAUUGGGAUAAAAUUAAUUUGCAGUAGGAUAGUUUAAUAUGUUAAAUAAGGUCUCAUUUUAUGUUAGAGAUACCAGAACUCUGGUACUUCACUGCCUGUGCACACUUAAUGUUUUAAAACACAAAUUUGAGUACACAUUUAAUCACAGGGAAUCAUAAAUAUAAGCACCUCUCUAAAAAAUCCUUAGUUGGAGAUGUUGAAUAAUAGACCAGUUUGAGCAAGUACCGUUUUUGCGGUGCAGUCUUAAACAUUUGCUUUAAGAGAAUAGUCUUGAAUUUCACAUGCUGCUAUUUUUAUAUUAUACCAUUUUACAAUUUUGUUUUGUUUUGAAUUCAUACAUGUCGUGUUUUUCCUCUUUAUUUUCUGAGCUGCGUUCUGGUCUGAGAGAAGAGACCCCCCCAAUGCAGCUGGGGGGCCGGGGGUUCCAUCUGUUACACGGGGGUCGCCCGAGCGCCAGUUAAAGCCCAAGUGCGCAAGGGGCGCACCGCUCGACUCUUUUAUUCAUAAGCUAAUGUUUCUAAAAGUUAUAUUUAGAGUUUUCUUUUCUGCAGCUACGUUUGAAAAUGGUAGGAUGAAAAGGUUUUAGGUAGUUCAUCACUUUUUAUUCAUUAUAACGGCUCUUUUGAAAGCUCCUUUUUCAUGAGUACACCUAAGAAAUCUUGUGUAGACAGUUCGCAAUAUUCAGGGGCCUCAUGCUGUUUCCUUUGGCACAGCUUCCACGUUGCAUGUUUGUGUUAGCGUAUUUUGGUAUUGGUAAUUUGAUAUAUUUCAUAGUGGCAAAAUACUGUCUCUGUUUUGGGACCUUUUAUGAACUACCCUUGUAUUCAAUAGCAUAGAAAAAUAUUCUUGUGAUUUUGGGGGUCUUCUGAUAUUUAUCUCAAUACUUUUGUAAUUCUAUGAAAAUUAUUUAAUUAUUUUAAAACUUAUACUUUUCUUGUAAAUAUGUCACAUUUGAAUUGUCAAAAAUUACUUUGAAUACUUUAAUGUUUGCUGCAUCUUUUUCCCUGUACAUAUAACAUGUUUUCAUUCAGAAUGGAAAUACAUGUGUGCUUCCCAAAGUCUACUUCUACGUCUGUCAUCUUUAUAUGUCCAACUGGUUGAACACUGUAAUGACUUGAGAAU